AGCUGGCGAGCUGCAGGGUAAGGACAGGGAGGGACGGGAUCCGCGCUCUGGAAAUUAUUAUUGUUCAAUCUCCCACCAUCUGAUUUCGGAGAGGCGGAGGAUUGUGGAACGAGCAUUUUUGAGGCCUUCGCGAGGCAAAAACUCGGUCCGGAAGAAAAUGGAGUUCGCGAGCCAGGAAGCUGUGUAUCAGCCCACCCGGGACCACAUCCAUGUGCUUGCCGACCUCCUCCCCUCCACCUCCACUUUCGACUAUCUCACCAACUAUAAUCUCUACCUGCUGGCCACGUUCUUAAUUGUGGCGACUGCCAUAUAUACGAACUACUUCUCAUCUAUUGGAACGCGUCCAGAGAAAAGUCUUGCGGACUUUGGUCAAGUUGUUCAAGACCUGGAUAAGAAAGGUGUACUGUCUUGGAUAAAGAAGAGUCCAGAGAAGAAUGCGGCGUGUGCAAGCAAGCUCGUAGUGUCUGACGUGUCUGGAGCAGAACAUGCCUCCGUGGACACGGACGGGGUGUUAGAGCGAAAGCGAAUGGAGUUUAAGGGAACGUUGUUCGAAUCCGAGGACUGGAUACGUCCCCUGGGUAAGCUGGAGGUGCUGAUAGUGACUGGAGGCUACUACGGGUCCAUGAACACCAUCCAAACACUUUGGUUAUCCUCGUCACAGCCCAUCCUGCCGGAGAUGGUGAGGCAGGCCAUUACCACCGUUGCCCAGAGGACAGAGGUGCUGCAGUUGUGCGUGAGAAGGCGGUGGUUCUGGCCCUGGUUCUGCCGGAGGACUCAUGUCAGGGUUCCCUUCAAGGUGGAGCACGGAGACGUGAUGACCAUCUACUACAAGUUGUUACACAGUCCCUACAACAUGGCACGAGGGCCUCUGUGGCGCGCCAGGCUGGUACCUCUCCCAAAGACCAAUGUGGCUCGCCACGAGGCCGUCCUCAUGUUCACCAUCCACCACUGCGCUACUGACGCCUUCACAAACAUGCUCGUAGCGAGAGAGACGCUGAAGGUUCUCAACUCUGCCAUGGUUGGCCAGGUCUAUCAGCCUCCCCCACGUGCAUUCACCCCCUUCAUCUGUGAUGACUUGGUCACCAAAGCACACUGGUAUCAUGCCUUAAAAUUUGCGGUUUAUAAACUAUGCAGUCCCACCGUUGGUAACUUUAAUAAGCAUGUGUAUUUUAAUGGCACUAUUCCUCAACCAAAGUGCACAUUGUCUUCAACCAAAGUUUUGCAUGAAGAAUUAUGUGUUAAAGAUACACAGAACUUGUUAAAAUACUGCAAAGAGGCGGGAGUUACUGUCCAUUCCUGCAUCAUGACUGCAGCUAAUCUGGCAGUGUUCCACUCUGCCCAGCAACGCUCUGACGUUGAACUGGAGCCAGUCACUAUCAGAGCUAUGAACUGCGUCAACAUGCGACGCUACUACCCAAAAGAAUACCGGGAAGCCACUGGUUGCCACAUCUCUGUAGAGGAGCAGGAACUUACCAUCAGCGGCAGUGAUGGUAAUAGCAAAGAAAGCUUCUGGUCGUUGGCCAAACGCUCUCAUUUGAGCCUUCAGCAGUCUCUCCUUGUUGACAAAGACCCUAUCAGAAACACUCUAGGACUCCUUCCCUGUGCCCUACUGAUACCACUCAAUCACUGGCUCGCUCGUUUUAACUGCAAGAACCUGAACGACAGCCACCUUAUCAGUACUAAUAUGGGGGAUCUGCGUGAUAUCCUGCCUGGAAGAUAUGACGGUCCGGUGGAGAUCACCAAAAUCCUGCGAUGCUCGUCGGAUGAGCUGACAGGACACCCGUACACACUCAUCUUCCACACAUUCAGAGACAGAUUCUGUGUCACUCUAGAGUACUACACCAAUAAGAUCGCCGACGAGGACGCUGCACGCUACUUCUCCAUCCUCACCAACUAUAUAUCAGACCUGGCUAACCAUGGUUCGGUUGAUAUAAGCAAAGACAGGAAAAUCUAGUUUGUUAAAGUUCUCCUUGUGCUGAAACGUUCACUUUAUGCACUUGACAAAUAAAAAUGUUGCUAUUAAUCGAAAGUUUAAAAAAAGAUUGUAUCGGUAUUAACUGACAAGGAUGCAAUAAACUUUUGCACUUUUUCUUUAUAUAUAUAUAUAUAUUGAUGUCUGUGAUACAUGUAUAAUACUCGCUUCGACUUGAUCCUGGUAAAGAGCUCGUGAGCGAUGCAAAUCAUCAUUGAUGCAGCUGAGGGUGUUGAAGCUGUGUAGUGACUACCUUCCCCUGUACAGCCGGGGAAUGCUGGAGCUGUAAUGUUCUACCCUGUACAGCUGGGGGAUGCUGUAGGUGUGCAUCACAAUUUGUCUAUGUUGAUCUGAGCCACAUCCUGCCUAAGCAUACAAUAUUUACACACUAAAGAACAAUAUUAGCUACUUCAUGAAGGGAGACGGCAUUGUUGGCAGUCUUCCAACCUCCCACCUUUUUUUAUUUUUUUUUUAUUUGUGUGUAAUUGGAGGCAGAUUUGAUCCGGGUAUCAUAUACUUUAAAAUUUUGAUGUUGAAUCAUCAAAAUUACAGAUUAGAGCGGUGUUUAUAAAAGUUUGUAUCACAAGAUUUUUUUUUUAAAUUGUAAAAUGUUCUAAACUCGCUUGGAAAUAUAUAUUUUUUUCAGAACUUAUUCUUGAAGUGUGUGUGUGUGUGUGUGUGUGUGUGUGUGUUAGCCUAUUUGUACCUGAAGGAUUUCACUGUUAAAUCUUGUAUCCCGCCUUCUAAUAGUUUGGUAGCUGUUCUGGCCAAAGAGGUUAAUGCUUGUGAGAAUAGUUUUCCCAAGAGCGUGCCAGGGUUGUAUGGCUGCCUUUGCUUCCCACUGUCGGGCAAUCCCCGUUCUCACAAGCCUCGUCCCCGCAAUUGUUAAAUCUGUAGUCUCUCUCUCCCACAAAGUUUAUGCAUGACAUUAAACACUUUCGUAGCUUAUAAACUCGCUUAUGUAAACAGUAAUUAGGUUUUUCUAAAUCUAUUGUAUUUAUCAUUUCAAAGAGAAGUUUUUAGUGAUAUGUAAGUAUUAGUUUCGUAUUUGGGCAUUCUGUACUAGUUCAAGAUGAAGACGGUCCUUCAUACUUGACCUAAGAAUCAUUAAAGAUGUUAAAAGUUCCUUUACACCCCCUUCCCAGCCUGGGUGAUCCUUGGUCUUUGAUAACCAUUGUCCCAGCAACGAGGGGUGUGUGGCUUCAACAUAAUUAGCAUGUUGCAAACCAACGUGCAAAAUUUGCUGUUUUUUGGCAUUAUUAUUCGUGUUAAGAUGCAUAUUAUAAGGUGUUGGUGGCUUCGCUGAGUAUAAAGACCAUUUUAAUGAUUGUUUUUCUCUGCUUUAUGUAGUACAUUCAGUGAAUGAUUUUUGUUCCGGGGAAAUGUUGGACAAUGUUUCCUCGGCUUCAUUGUUAUCAAAAGUUAUUUGUUUUUGUUCACGGAAAGAUGAAGAUGAGAUUCAGUUAAAUUACAUUAUAUUUAUUAUUGGUAGUUAUUUAUUGUAUUUUGAAUUACAAAAUAUUUAAAUUAUAAAAAAAAACUAGUAAUAUCGGUAAUAAACGGAUCAAUUUCUUUAGUUAAAUUUUUUAUUUCCAUUUCCAACAAGGCAUAAAAUAUAAAAGGUGGUAAAGUGCCUCUGCAUAAUAAAAUAUAACUGAUAUCGCGAUAAUGUUAUUUCCAUGUGCAUGUUCUUGAGAAAAUUAGUUGGAGCAAAUGCGUAGGAUUCGAACCAGCGCUUGAGAGUAAGUGUUGCUGGUCUAAAUCAGUCACAUAGCUCUAUCUGAUUAUCUCCGUAAAUCUGAUAUUCUAAUGUAUGUUUAAAAAAAAAAAUUGGAGUGUUUGUCACAAGGACUCGCAACAGUAAAAGGGUUCAUAAGGCCCUGCACAACAUCUUGGUAACCAACCAGCCAACAAGAAUGCUUCAGUUCUUGAUAUACUUCAGGAUUACAUUACAUUACAGGACUACAUUAAGCUAUGUAUAUACUCGUAUGUGGAGUACACUUUUGUGUGCAUGUCCCCGAUUUAUUUUGUAUAGAAAUAUUGCCAGGAUAAUUUUUUUCAGCAUAUAAAAAUUAAUAGUGUGAUAAUUUUAAUGAAUUUGAUGAUUCUCUGGAAUUAGUGGGCUAAUUUUGAUGCACAACUGAUUACUUGAGAUUAAAUUGUCAUGUAUUUUAAUUUGUCGGUUAAAGAUCAUAUUUAAGAAUGUGAACGUCAACCUCCUGAAAGUUGGUUCCCAAAUUCUAAUUAAUAAUAAUCUUCUGUCAAACAUGAGCAAAAUUUCUUCCA